AUGAGUCGACCAAGAUUUUUUGCGACCAACAAGCGAGGAGAGAAUUAUGAACUGAAGGCAGAGCUCAACAGCGAAUAUCGGCAUGUCAGGAAAGAUGCAGUCAAGAAGGUUAUUGCCAAUAUGACCGUUGGCAAGGAUGUUAGUGGACUCUUCCCUGACGUACUCAAGAACAUGCAGACCGAGGAUAUCGAAUUAAAGAAGCUCGUGUACUUGUAUCUGAUGAAUUACGCAAAGACUCAACCAGAGCUUGUCAUCCUUGCUGUCAAUACAUUUGUCAAGGAUUCUGAUGAUCCGAACCCUCUCAUUCGUGCAUUGGCCAUCCGUACAAUGGGAUGCUUGCGUGUGGACAAGAUUAUUGAUUAUUUGACGGAACCGCUACGAAAGUGCCUCAAGGACGAGAAUCCCUAUGUCCGCAAGACUGCUGCUAUCUGUGUUGCCAAGCUUUAUGAACUUAAUCCUGAGCUCGCCUUGGAGCAAGACUUUGUCAGCGCUGUGCAGGAGAUGGUUUCCGAUAUCAAUCCCAUGGUCGUGGCCAAUGCUGUGAUUGCUCUCUCUGAUAUCAAUGAAGGAUCUUCCAACAAGGAUGUGUUUGUUGUCAACAGUACAAUUCUCAACAAGCUUCUUCAUGCAUUGAACGAAUGUACCGAAUGGGGUCAGAUUGCUAUCCUUACCGCACUUGCAGAUUACAAGCCGUCCGGUGGCAAGGAAGCUGAAGGAAUUUGCGACCGUGUACUCCCACGACUUCAGCAUGCAAACGGUGCCGUUGUAUUGGCUGCUAUUAAGGUUUUGCUUUUGAACAUGCGGUUUAUCAAAGACCAAAACUUGAUCAAAACUUUUUGCCGCAAGAUGGCCCCACCUCUUGUAACUCUGCUCUCUAGCCCUCCAGAAGUCCAGUAUAUUGCAUUGCGUAAUAUUAGUCUUAUUCUACAACGGCGACCAGAGGUGUUAUCGAACGAGAUGCGCGUUUUCUUCUGUCGCUACAAUGAUCCUCCUUAUGUCAAACUCGAGAAGCUCGAAAUUCUUAUCAGGCUUUGCAACGAUCGUAAUGUGGAUCAGUUGUUGAGCGAAUUGAAAGAAUACGCCAAUGAAGUAGAUGUUGAUUUUGUACGAAAGUCGGUCAAUGCUAUUGGUCGUUGUGCCAUCAAGAUUGAAGAGGCAGCAGAGCGUUGCAUUAAUGUCCUUUUGGAUUUAAUCAACACAGGUGUGAGCUAUGUGGUUCAAGAAGCCAUUGUUGUUAUCAAGGACAUAUUCCGCAAAUAUCCGCAUAAAUACGAGGGCAUCAUAUCAACGUUAUGUGAGAAUUUGGAUGCAUUGGAUGAGCCGGAUGCCAAAGCUUCACUGGCAUGGAUUAUUGGCGAGUACGCCGAGCGCAUUGAUAAUGCAGAUGAAAUGAUCAGCAUGUUCGUUGAAAACUUUAAGGAAGAAAAUGCACAGGUCCAAUUGCAAUUCCUGACGGCUACAGUGAAAUUGUUUUUGAAGAAGCCUGCAGAGAAUCAAGAUCUUGUGCAGCGAGUACUCCAAACUGCGACUAGCGAGUGUGACAAUGCGGAUAUUCGCGAUCGGGCGUAUGUGUAUUGGAGAUUGUUGUCAACCGAUCCUCAGGCUGCAAAGGCCGUCGUGCUUUCCGAGAAACCACCCAUUGCAGGAGAGAAUGCUGGUCUUUCUCCUGGUUUGCUAGAUGAUUUGCUUUAUCAGAUUGGCACACUGGCAUCUGUAUAUCACAAACCGCCUGAAACUUUUAUUGCUGGCAGAAAAUAUGGAGCAGACAGUGUUACCAAGGGUAUGCCAAGCCAUGGUGAUGAAGAAGAUGUCUCUGCACCUCCACCACAAAUCCAAGCGGCAAUCAAAAACAAUGAUAUUGGCAACCUGCUGGACCUUGAUUGGGAUGAACCUGCUGCUUCACCUACUGCGGCAGAAAGUUCACACUCUACUACGGCUAUGGAUGAUCUCCUGUCUUUAGGAGCUAAUGGAGGUGGUGACAAUACUAGCCCAGCACCUGCCACUCCCAAGAACAACGUCGACGAUAUCCUUCAACUUUUCAAUGCCCCAUCAUCACCAAUGCAGCAACAAUCUCCUCUCCCACAACAACAACAGGCAAAUACAUUGCUAACAGAUGAUCUGUUUGGCUCGUCGUCUUCAGCAGUAUCUUCAGCCCCACAACAACAGCAACAACAAUCAACAGCAAGCAAAGAUCCAUUCGCUGAUUUGUUCUAA